AUUGGCCAUUUGAGCGUUUUCUCUGCCCUACACCGGCAUGGCGGCGAUCGGGGUGCAUUUGGGUUGCACGUGCGCCUGUGUGGCUGUAUACAAGGAUGGACGGGCUGAUGUGAUAGCGAACGAUGCUGGUGACAGAGUCACACCCGCUGUGGUUGGAUUUCAGGAAAAAGAAGUGAUUGUUGGCCUGGCAGCAAAACAAAGCCGUGUUAGAAAUGCAGCUAACACCAUUGUGAAAGUAAAGCAGAUACUUGGAAAGAGGUAUGAUGAUCCACUGGCUCAGAAACACAUAUCUGAAAGCAAAUGCAGAGUUAUAGAGAAGGGAGGGAAACCCAGGUAUGAAAUAGAUACUGAUGACAUUACCAAGCUCGUUAGCCCAGAAGAUGUUGCGAAAUUAAUCUUCAGUAAAAUGAAAGAAACUGCCCAGUCUGCCUUAGGCUCUGACGUUAACGAUGCGGUUAUCACGGUUCCAUUCGACUUUGGAGAAGCUCAGAAGAAGUCUCUUGGAGAAGCUGCAGCAGCCGCUGGAUUUAACAUAUUACGAAUGGUCCAUGAACCAUCUGCAGCACUCUUGGCAUAUGGCGUUGGGCAGGAUUUACCCACUGGGAAAAGCAAUGUGUUGGCGUACAAACUGGGAGGGACAUCACUUUCUGUCACAAUGAUUGAAGUUAACAGUGGGAUAUAUCGUGUUCUGGCAACAAAAUCCUAUGAGGAUAUUGGUGGUGUUUAUUUCACUGAAGCCUUAACGCAACACUUAGCUUCUGAGUUUCAGCGGUCAUACAAACUGGACAUUAAAGGGAAUGCUCGGGCAAUGAUGAAGCUUAUGAACAGUGCUGAUGUGGCCAAACACUCUCUAUCCACAUUGGAAAGUUCCAACUGUUUUGUGGAUUCACUAUACGAUGGCAUUGACUUUGAUUGCAGUGUAUCCAGGGCCCGUUUUGAACUGAUCUGCUCUUCGUUGUUUAAUCAGUGCAUUGAUCCAAUCAGAAAACUGUUGGAAGAGGUUGGAUUUAAAGCUAGUGAUGUUAAUCAGGUGGUGUUAUGUGGAGGGUCUUCUCGCAUCCCAAAGCUCCAGCAGCUAAUUAAAGACUUUUUUCCUGAGGUUGAACUUCUCAGCAGCAUCCCCCCUGAUGAAGUGAUUCCGAUCGGAGCUGCAAUUCAAGCAGGAAUUUUGCUGGGCAAAGAUGACCUCUCCACAGACCUGGAUACUCUAACUAUAGAGUGCUCUGCCAGUGACAUAUUGGUGAAGGAAGCAGAUGAAUCUGGCGCAGACAAAUAUACCGUUCUCCUUCCAUCCGGUACUCCCCUCCCUGCUCGAAGACAACAUACAUUACAAGCACCUGGAAACAUUUCUUCUGUUUGUCUUGAGCUGUUUGAGUCUGAUGGGAAAACCCCUGUAUCAGAGGAAUGUAAAUUUGCACAGAUUGUAUUGAAGGACUUGAUAAAGAAAGAUGGCGUACAUGACAUAGUAACCGUGUUAACAAUGAAAAGGGAUGGAGCAUUACAUGUCACUUGUACAGACAAGGACACAGGGAAGUCGGAGAUGAUUACAGUUGAUGAAACUUCAUAAUGUUUAUGUAGGAAACAUCACUCCAGACCUAGAUAAAGCUGCAGGACUUCCUGGAUUGAAAUGAGUUUGUGGCGGACGAUGAAAGAACAUGCACUGUUUGUACAGUAAAACGUUAAACAUUUCCAGUCUUAAAGGAGAGCACUGAUGUGAUCAUAUUUACAGCUCUUAUAAAGAGCUAAUUGAAUUCAAUGGACACCUGUUUUUUUGCCUUUAUGUUUUGCCAAUGUUAAGUAAACUGACUUGUAAAAUUGCU